AUGGCUCUCAGGCAUCCUGAUCAGAGUCGCAUCAUCUGGGUUGACGCUUUGUGCAUCAACCAGAAAGACGACGCGGAAAAGAGCUGGCAGGUUGGCUUGAUGAGAGAUAUCUAUCAACAAUCCUCACAAGUGUUGGCUUGGCUGGGACCCGCACAGCACGACAGUGAUGCUGUUAUGACAUUCCUGCAGGAUUUCGGACGUAAAGCAGAAGCGUGUGGAAUUGAGUCUGUGGAAGGCCACCACCUGGAUGUCUGGAGUGAGUUGGCAGACAAAGAGCCGACCAUCAAACAAGAGUCCCCGCAGUUCUGUGUCGAGACCGUAGAUGGAAGCGUCAAGCUCAUUCCUCGUCAAGCGCUGAUCGAUCUUUUUUGCUCAAUCAGUGGCUGGCACUGCAAAGAUGACCUGUUCCCGGUUGCUGGCAUGCAGCGGUUGUUCACACGACCCUGGUGGGGACGAGUGUGGGUACUCCAAGAGAUUGCUCUGCCGGGAAACGCUCUCUUCGUCUGCGGAACUCAGAGCGUCAGUCGUCGUCGUUGUCGUGCGGCUCUGAGUGCUUACAUAGGGUUGUGGACGAUACUCAUGCGCAACACCCUCAGUCGGGCAUGGUCGCCUUCACCCUAUCACACCGCAAUCACCACCACUAUGUUCCACCACCAACCUAACAUCAUGUUGUGUGGCCGGGACUUGUAUCAGCGUGACCACUUUCCGUUAGCAGCACUCCUCCGGGCCACAUGUGUGGGAAGCAUCAAUCUGCACCGUCACGGACCUCAUCAUCUCGAGUCCACAGAUCCGAGAGACAAGGUAUUUGCUCUCCUAGGUCUAGCAUCUGACAGAGCGGACUUAGAACAGCGAGGAAUUAUUCCCGACUAUACCAGGAACUGCGUGGAUGUUUACACGGCAACAAUGGCGGCUAUGCUUGAGCAAGGCCACAUGUCGUUGCUCUCGCUGUGCCAAAGCCCUAAGAUACAGCAGAAUCUUCCAUCGUGGGUAGUCGACUGGUCUCGAUCAGCCACCGACAUGCUGCAGGAUGUGCGAAACGAUCAUGUCACCGUAUAUCCUACGUUUCACGCGUCGCUCAUGACAGCAGCUGGCCCAAAUGUUGUGGUUGAAAAGAAGGAUGGGCUUGUGGAUGCAACGGCGAGGACCUCGAUCGGGGAUGUGGGCUACGACCAGGAUGGUAUGCUAAGCAGAGUUAAUGACGGUCGGUUUUCUGAUGCGGUCACGCUUCUCAGGUGUUCACUGCCACUGAUCAAGCAGCGCGAAAUCAGGCUCGACGCUGACAAAUUCCUGGCUAGCCUAAUGACUGAAGAAGAUACUGCAUGUAGGGCUCUGUUGAACGUCAAGCUGAGCUCAGAGAUCAUCGGUAAGAGCCCAGGACGCCUUCCCUUCAUUACGAGCAAAGGUCAUUUGAUGCUCAGCUCAGAGCACGUUAGAGGAGGCGACAUUGUGGCUCUGGUCAGAGGAUGUCAGGUACCACUCGUCUUUCGCCGUCAGGAGGGUGACAGGUAUACUCUGAUCAGUGAGGCUUAUGUCGAUGGCACCAUGGACGGAGAGGCGGCCACGUCAGCAAACUUCAACCUAGUCCGACUGUCGUAG